AUGGACGCCGCAUACCUGAAGUGCCUGCAAGACAGGCGGCCACGCGUCCUUCAGAAGGAGGGGAAGAUGUCCCGGGAUGUCGUUCUGGAGUUCUUGGAAGCCUGCAAUGUGAAGAUGGACCUGCCGGAGGUGCAGGAGAAGCUCCGGCGGAAGAUAACAGAGACCGGGGCCUUGCCUGAGACUGUUGCAAACGAGGUCCAUGAUGAAGUCAUGGAGCUGUUGGGCUUCGAGGUUGCGUAUGGCCAUUCUUGCUUUGCCGAGUUCGGCGCCUCACAGGAAUUCGCCAGCGACAAAGAGGUGGCCAAAGCCUACGCGCGGUGGCGAGGCCAUUCCAGCGAAAUCAUGUUCAAGAUGCUUUAUGAUUACUGGCAGAGUGGUGGUGAGCUGCAUGUUGAUGCCGUCGUGAAGCACCAGAUGAUGAAGCACGGGGCCAAAGCUCAGUUGAACAACAUGUCUAACGAAGAGCGGCGAAGCCUUCUGGAGACCAGCAUCGACAAGGUGAAUGUCUUCUCCAAACUGCCACCAGAAGGGAGACAGCGCUACCUUGAGCGCCUGGAAGAUCAGGAGCUUUUGGAGUUCACUAAAGGCGAGAUCUUGGUUGCUACCCUGGUGCAAAGUCGCCAGCAACUGCUUCACAGGACGGAGUGA